AUGGCCCUUCUUGCUGAUACUUUCUUCUCAGAUUUCGAUGAGUUAUUAGACAAUGAAGCCGAUAUUUUUGAUGAACAUAACUUUGAUGUAGACAACAUGGAAGAAGAUGAUGAAGAGAUGAUGGGGAUGGCUUCUGUAGUUGCUGUUAUGUUUCUCAACAUGACUAAUUCUGUGUACCGGGCUUUCAAAUUAAAGGAAGAGAAUGAAGCCGAUAUUCUUGAUGAAGAUAACUUGGAUGUGGAGAUCAUGGAAGAAGAUGCUGAUGGGGACCUAGCAGAUAUAGAAGCACUUAACUAUGAUGAUCUUCAUAGCGUUUCCAACCUGCAAAAAACACUGCACUAUGUUGAUAUCAUGCAGGUUGGUUCAUGUCAUUCACGUUCCAUAGUUUUUUUUUUUUUAAAGAUCUUGAUAGCUCCGACACCUGGGGAGCAAUUUGGCUUGCCUACCCGAUUGGUUUAG